ACCGCUCAAUUCGCCUCACAUUUUCCCAAUUGAAGUGGAAAGGCGUUGCAGGACUGUUGAUGCUCUAAUCACCAAGGAGUGAUCGCCGAGCCAAACAACGAGACUGUGACAGGCUGACAAAGCGAUCUUGUGACGCCGACAUCCCGUGCAGUGAAUAGUGGCAGCUUAUUCGGAGUGGAGUCACCGUUGUCAGUGGAUGUGGACUGGAGUGUGGUUUCAUUAGAGAUUCCGUUGCUCGACUCUUUCCACUUACUGGGUGUCGCAACGAUUGGCGUUCAAGUCGUCGACGGUCGAUUGGUCUUCUUUGAUUGAUCGCUCCUUCCAAGGUCUUGGAUUUGUUUGCUCUCUAUUUUCUCCACAAUGGGUCCAUCACGGCGCUUCAUCGAAAUCGUGUUAUUGUGCUUUUGCAUUGGUAUACAUCCAGCUGGGAGUCGAAUGCUACGGGGUGAUGCAACGGCUACAAUUCGAAUUAAUACAACCGUUGCUCUGGAAGAUGACAAUGUGGACUCCAUAGCAACAGUGAUUCUGUCAGAGUUGCAGUCCAUCCCAUCCUUCAACAUGCUCACGACGAUCAAUAUCCAGCUCGAACAAGGGGGGUCACGAUGGGAAAUCCACAAGGGAAAGGGGACCACAAAAGACUAUUUUGUGGGUAUCACCAAGGAUAAGGGUGCCAGAGCAAGCUUUUAUCGGCACCAAGUACCGAAUUUGAAUCUUUGUCGCAUUACAGGAAUGAUACAUGACAACCAAAAUGGACUUUGGUAUGAGAUGAAACCAAACGUUGAAGGAGCCUCGCUCGUUUCCGUGAUACCAGACACUGAGAUUGCUCCAUUUCAAGACCCUGUGAUACCUCCGUCAUAUUCUAUCCCGGCAUUAUUGCAUCCACACCCACAACAACAAUUAUCUGAUCAGACAGCUGCAUGGAGGCCUGACCAGUCCUCAACGUUUGGAGACUAUACUUCUCCAGCCAGGCAACUCUUCAAUGCUUUCAUCCCCUUUCUCAGCAUCGACAAGGGCGAUACUGUUGUGGAUAUCAUGGUGGUAUGGACACACUCAGCCGAAUGCAUAAAGUCGCACCUUCCAGCGAAUUGCUCUGUAUCCAGCUCCAGUCGACAAAACAUGAUGCUUGCAAUCAACUUUUUCUUGAAGGAAAGUAAUGCUGUGCUUCAGAAUUCCGGCCUCCACCUACAGCUGCGCCUUGCCCACGGCCAAAGAGUUGUCUAUCAAGAGACCACCUUUAAUCAAGCCUUGACUGAUCUGCAAGAGAAGAGCAUACCCUCUGUGCAGGACCGUCGACUAGAGUACAAGGCUGACAUGGUGAUGCUGCUGAUGGAUCAAACGUUUGACUAUCCCGAGACGGGCAUUGCGUUCAACAACUACGAUCACAUCGACGCAGGCUAUAUGUUAUCCGUGGUUGCCAUACAAUACACUUCCGUCUGGUAUCUUCCACUGCACGAAAUUGGACACAAUUUUGGAUGCUCACACGACCGGGGGACUGCGGAUAUGUGCGACGACCUCAAGAAGUCCAGCUAUGGGUAUCGAGAUCCUCACGGACAAUUCCGCACGAUCAUGUCCUAUCCGUGCCAAGCUCGGCAGUGUGAUACGUUUAGUGGGGGGCACAAAAGCGACUAUUUUGAUUGUCCCCUGAUCCCCUACUUUUCCAACGAUCGGGUGCAAUACUUUGGAUCAUCUUUGGGUGGGAGUUACAAUGAUUGUGCCGGGCAAAUCGAGCGAGUCCAGAACAAGGUAGCCAACUUGUUUUAGCUACUGCUUGCAGCUAACUGCGGCAAACUAUGCUCGUGCAAGUCACGUUAAAAAGCGACCACAUUUGGUCUUUGUCAUUUCAACAAAAGGCAUUAGUGCAACCUUUCAGGUUCCUCAACCAUGACGUAACAACAGAAGAGCGUGCAACUAAUGCAUGCCUACAUUGACCAGCCACCUAGCCAGCUACGCACAUGUAUGGCAAAAACAGAUCUUAUAAAGCUCAAUAAUUAUAUUGAUUUACACCUG